AUGGCAGUUCAAUCACGUGUGGCCGCCGUAACUGGUGCUAACAAGGGGAUUGGCUUAGCCAUCGUCCGCCAACUUGCCCUGCAGUAUCCAUCAUCGCCCUUCAAAUCUGGACCGUUCCUUAUAUACCUUACGGCUCGAUCUCCUGAACGAGGCGCUGAAGCGGUGAAUACGUUGAACAACGAUGCACAACUGAAACAGGCCAAGGUCCUUGCACAAGAUGGAGGAGAUACGACCGUCAAAUACCACGCGUUGGAUAUAAGCGAUCACAAGAGUAUCCACGCGUUUAGAGACUUUCUGAAGGAGGAGCAUCCCGAUGGCAUCGACUUUGCUAUCAACAACGCGGGCGUGGCUCUUGAUGGCUUCGAUUCGACAGUCGUCAAGACCACCCUAGCCACAAACUACUACGGGACACUCGAGGCCUCGAACGCCUUCCUGCCACUCAUACGCAACGGUGGUCGCCUCGUCAAUGUUUCGAGUACAGCCGGUCGACUGAACAAAUACUCCGACGAAAUCCGCAAUGCCUUCCUCUCAGCCUCGAAGACUUCGAUCCCAGCCGUCACCGCACUCAUGCAGCGAUUCCAAACAGCCGUCGACGAAGGCAGAGAACAGAAGGCAGGGUUUCCAUCGGCAGCUUACGCGACGAGCAAGGCAGGCGAGACGGCAUAUACCAAAGCCCUAGCAAUGGAAGAGACGAAACGGGAUAGAGGUGUUCUAGUCAAUGCCUGCUGUCCGGGAUAUGUCGACACAGAUAUGACCAAGGGCAGAGGAAGGAAGACGCCUGAUCAGGGUGCUAUGACGCCUGUUAUGUUGGCUUUGCACGACAUUGGUGGGAAGACUGGCGAGUUUUGGAUGAGCGAGCAGAUCACCGAGUGGUAA